AUGCCGCCGCGAGAGAAACUGAUUGGAUCGGUUGUGCACCUGACGCGCCUGCCGCGCGCCGACGAGGCGCUGCGAAUGCUCCAACACAUCAUUUCGGCCGUGCUGCCGAUUAUGCGUAACCACCGGUGGCGGGUAGGCAAGCUGGCCGAGUUUUACCCAGACGAAGAUGAUCUGUUAGGCCUGAAUGUCAGCGCCGGGCGGGAGAUUUUCCUGCGGCUGCGCUAUCACAACGACAAGGCCAGGUUAGCAAGGUUCGACCAGGUGCUUGACACGAUGCUGCAUGAGCUAUGCCAUAACGAUAUCGGCCCCCACAACGCCGCCUUUCACGCGCUGUGGGAUAAGCUGCGUGAUGAGCACAUGACACUGUCGCUGGGCGACUCCAUCAGCGUGUCGCUCGGCGGUAGUGGGUUUUCGUCAGAGGCUGCGGCGGCAGAGCGCGAACGAGACCUGGUCUUGCCCGGCAGAAGAGGCGCCGUCGGUGGUCAUGGUGGUGGUCAUCUGCACGGAGGGCGCAGGACGGUGACGCUGGGAGGGCGACGCGGGGAGACUGAGUGGGCGGGGCGCAGGAGGAGAGUGCUCGAGGGCUGCGGCGCCAUCGGGCUCAACGAGGCGCAACUCAGGAACAUCUGGGAAGGGGUGAGGCGCAACGGGUUCCGGACGACGGCGGUGGAGGCGAUUGCGCUGGCGCUCGAGGAUCUCAGGGACGAGGGGCGUAGGCCGACACGCAUACGCAGGCUUCUAAUCGAGGAUACUGCGCCGACUAGAAAUGGGAGUGGGAGUGGGAGUGGGCGUGGACGCCGCGACGUGGAAUGGGCGUGUCCAGUGUGCACGCUGCUUAACCCGACAAGCCAGUUGUAUUGCGAUGUGUGCGGUACUCACGUGUAG